AUGAAUGGUAACGACGAGAAGCUUAGCGGCGUAGGCAUUUCAUCUGCGCUGGAAGCUUGCCAUGCGACUUACAGCGAAAGUAACCCACUGUCAGCAGCACAGCAUCGAGACAACCUUGCCUAUUUUCCCGGCGGCAAUACAAGGAGCGUCAUGCAUGCACUUCCGUUCCCACUGACCUUUCAGAGAGGCGAACGUGCGACCUUGUACGAUCUCGACGGACACGCCUACAUCGAUUUCCUUAACGAGUAUUCUGCAGGUCUGUAUGGACACAACCCGGUCCCCAUCCAGAGAGCAAUUGUUCAGGCCACUGAGGAUGGCUGGGCUUUGGGUGGGAACAACGUAGAGCAAACAAAAUUGGCGAAGAUGAUUGUCGAACGCUUUGCGAAUAGUAUGGAUAUGGUGCGUCUCACAAAUUCUGGAACCGAGGCGAACCUCAUGGCGAUCGGUGCUGCGCUCAACUUUACUGGCAGAGACAAGGUAUUGGUGUUCACCGGCGGGUACCACGGAAGUGUGUUCUCGUUUCUGCCCAAUCUCAAGAGCAGGAGCAUGAACGCACCAUACUCAUUCGUGCUGGCACCUUACAACGAUGUUUCGGGUACAGCUGCAGUCAUUUCUGAUCACAAGAACGCAGUGGCUGCAAUCCUCGUUGAGCCCAUGCAAGGUGCUGGUGGCUGCAUCCCUGCGACAAUAGCGUUUCUGCAGUAUCUACGCGAGGUCAGUAAGAGUAUAGGGGCUUUGCUGAUAUUUGAUGAGGUCAUGACGUCGCGCUGCGCUUGGGGUGGACUGCAAACGAAAUAUGGGAUACACCCCGAUCUUUGCACACUUGGCAAAUGGAUCGGCGGCGGAAUGAACUUCGGCGCGUUUGGUGGCCGCAGAGAAAUUAUGGAGAUGUUUGAUCCGAAUAGACGACAGCUCGUGCACUCGGGAACUUUCAACAAUAAUGUUGUUACCAUGGCAGCUGGAGUUGCAGGUUUGGAGCUGCUCAGCAGGUCAACGCUCGAUAAGAUGAAUGAUUUGGGAGAUGUACUAAGAGAAGACAUCCAUUCCGCAAUACAAAGGUACUUUUCUACUCCAGGGCUAUCAAGCGCAGACAUGAAAAGGACCCAGAGACCGCCCAACAUUCAGGUCACAGGCAUUGGUAGCGUUUUCAACAUUUCGUUCCUAGGGCACCACAAGGAGACCCUGCAGGCACUAUUCUACCACCAUAUGCUGUCAAAAGGAAUUUACCUGGCCACGCGAGGAUAUGUCGCAUUGAGUAUCGAAACCAAGGAAGAGCAUAUCGCGAAGUUCAUGCUAGCUGUGGAAUCAUUCCUUCUAGCAUACAGCCACGAACUGGUAGACUAG